AUGGACAAGCCCAAGGUUCUCUGCUUGCACGGAGCAGGUUCAAGCGGUGCCAUCUUCAAGGUGCAGCUACGACGAUUCACAAAGGCACUCAGCGCUCAAUUCGAUUUCGUCUUCGCCAAUGCACCAUUUGAAUGUGGCAUAGGACCUGGCAUGCAUCCCACCUUUGCCAGUUCCGGCCCAUUCUACCGCUGGCAGUGCGAAGAGUCAAACUCCGAGCAUCUUGGCUUGACAGAAGAGGACAUCAAUCGUGAGCGUCAGAUAGUGAAGGAUUAUAUAGGAAAUCUGCUCAAGAAGUCAAGCAACGCACCCUUUGUAGGUGUCAUUGGGUUCUCCCAAGGUUGUGGCAUUGCCACAGGAUUGCUCCUUGAUCAACAUGAGCUGGGUCGCUGCUGGGGAUACUGCCCCAUCUUCCAGUUUGCAUGGCUAAUUUGCGCCACUUAUCCACCACUAACGUUACUUACUUCCCAAGAACGAGAUUCCUCUGUUCCAACUGAAACUAUUAGCAUUGCCUCUCUGCAUGUUAUUGGAACGAAGGAUCCCUACAAAGGGCAAUCAAAGAAGAUGUAUGACUCUUGCUGGAAGGGACCAAAGGCGAAAUGUAUCGAAUUUGAGGGUAGUCACCAUGUUCCCACGGCGCUCAAGGAUGUGGAUUCCAUGCUGCGGGCCUUGUCAAAUAUUACUCAAGGGGUUCUUAUCAUGUGA